AACAAAUUGUGAACACUUUGGCAUACAUUUUAAAACAUUCACUUUUUGUUGCAAGAUGAGUCUACCUGGAUACUAUUCUCAUUCCUCCUAUUAUUAUGUUGUUAAUAUAAUGUUUUUAAACCUAUUUUAAUAUAUGGGAGUGAGAGCUGGGCCCUAACAAAACAAACAAAAGAAUACUACAAACAGUUCAGAUGAAGUAUCUGAGAGCGAUAUUAGGGAUCACUAGAAGUGACAAAAUUCGAAACGAAUACAUAAGAGCGGAGCUAGAAAUAGAACCCCUAGUUAAAAGCAUAGAAAUAAAUCAGUUAAGAUUGUUUGGACACUUAAUACGUAUGCAAAAUAAACAAGAAGCAAAAAUUAUAUGGCAAACAAGAAUAUGUGAAAAACGACUUAGGGGGAGACCAAAAAAAACCUGGGAUGAUGCAGUAGCGGAAAUCCUGAAGGAACAUGGACUAAAUUGGCAGGAGGGAAAGAUAAAGGCUAGAAAUAAACAUGAAUGGUCCAAAUUUGAACAUAAUUAA